AAGAAGUCUCUGACGGACAAGUUCAGACAGAAGUGAAGGUGUGGCGGCAGUCAUGAAGGAUAGGCACAUAUGAGUGUCACGGAGGAAACUUUGUGGAACUUUUCCUGGUGUCUUUCUCCAUUUCGCGAGACUUUUCAAUUAACGUCCGUUGGCAUAUGAUAGUGUUUUAGGAGGAGGGAGGUUGACUGAGCCGAAAACAAAUCUGUAGACAGCAGCAGCAGGAGCGUCACAGGUUGGAUUUCGCUUUCUUUGGCGACAAGAAAUCGGCAUUGCUGGAUCCUAAACCUUGAAUUCAUGCACAUGUUGCUCAUGAGAUCUGAAGAAACCCGAAGAUCUACCAUGGGGAAAGCUUAAUAACUCCUAGACGAAGAGGCGGUGCUUCACUGCACCUCUGUUCUGUACUCACCUCUUGCCUUUACUCAUCUUUUUCACUUCUUUGCAGUACUUCCUUUUCCUACUCUUCUCCAUCACUUGUCAUACAGCCACCAUGCGUAGAUUCAGCUCCGAGGGAUCCCUCCUGGAUCUGGACUUCCUCCCGUGGAGGCGUGUGGCGCUGAAGAACCCACAAAAUGAGAAGAAUCGAGAGUCUGGUACCUACACACCUUAUAUGGAUCAAGAUGAACUGGACGGGAGGUCAGCUGGCCUGCCCCCCACCAUCCAGGAGCCCAAAGCCAGUCCCAGUGAAGCGGGGAAGAAAGAGCUGACUAAGGAGCACAGCGUCAGUGUGGAGAAUCUGAGAGAGCUGGGGAAACUGGACAAGAGCCACCUUGGAGUGUCUGCCAUCAGUGAAGGCUGCAGGGCCUAUAGUGACAGCCAGCUGUCCCCGGGCCCCCAGGGCAGCACUGAGAGCAUGGAGAGAGACAACCUGCCUUCUCCGUCUCCUUCGUCCUCCUCAAACCCCUUCUCUUUUAAAUCCCAGCAUAGGCACCAGCAUAAACCCAAGCUGUCAGCCGCUAAACUGCACCUCAAGAGUCUGUUUGGGCAGAGUCCCCAUUCUUCCAACUCGAACCUGUCCAACACUGAACACAAAGACAGUCCUACAGAGAGGAGGUCUCGUCUGCUCUUCAUGCAUCAGUGGAGUCAGGUGGGCCACAAUAAGAGGAGGAAGAUCAGUCGAGAAGAGCUGGAAAAAUGGGCCGAGUCCCUCAACACCCUGCUGGCCAGCCAAACUGGUGUUUCAGUGUUUGGAGCAUUCCUGCGCUCUGAGUUCAGUGAGGAGAAUCUGCAGUUCUAUCUGGCCUGUGAGCAGUACAGACACUCAUCCAACAACUUCAGCCUGCAGAGGAGGGCCAAGGACAUCUGCGCCACCUACAUCCAACCAGGUGCCCCCCGGGAGGUGAACCUGGACAGUAAGACCAGAGAUCUGACCAUCCAGCUGCUGCAGGCUCCCUCUCACACCUCUCUGUCCCAUGCACAGAAACGCAUCUACUCGCUCCUGGACACAGACUGUUAUCCCCGCUUCCUCCAGUCCAACAUCUACCUCUCCUUAUUCCAAGCGGCUGACUAGCAGCCGCAUGCUGACCACACACAUGGACUCAGGAGAAGGUAUAGUGGCUCAAUGGUUUCUAGGACUUCCAGGAUUUCCUAAACAUUGUAGACUAUGAAGCUAAAAAUGUCUUAAAAAGAUACAGCUGCUGUGUAAAAAGUGUGUGUAAAAAAAAAAAAAAAAAAAAAAAUCUCAAUUGUUGAUGCACACGUUGGACACUGUACGCAAGAAUUUAGAGAAAAGUCAAGUAAAUGAGUUUGGGAAAUACAAUUAUUCUAUUUCUCUCUGAGAGUGAGAUGUACACAUGGAUAUCAAUCUCAUGUCUGUGUGUUCAGUAUAGAGCUUGAGUCAGGAUGUAGUUAGCGUAGCUUAGCAUAAAGACUGGAAGCAGAUGGAAACAGCUGACUUGGCUCUGUCUAGUUCAAAAAUACUCCUAAUAACACCUCUAAAGCUGAAUCAAGUAUACGUUUUAGCUCCUACAUAUAACCUACCAAAAUCUGCUCCUACGUAUAACCUACCAAAAUCUGCGCUCAUCAAAUGUGUGUAGCAACCUGCGCUAUAAACUAAUGCAGGUUGUAGAAGUAAAGAAGCCACCAUCACUGCAAUGCAAUCUCACCUUCACUGCUUUUAACCAGCUAUUGGUAGCAGUCAAACACCUAACCCUGUCAACAAUUUUUACUAUUUUUAAUAGUGUGAAGAUGGUUAGACACUAUUUCUUAUCAUUAUUAUUAUAAUUAUCUGCAAAUCACCAAAACCACACAUACUUACAUAGCUUUUAUCAGCUGCUCCAACAAGAACCAUUUUUGAAAAAAGCAGAAAGCAAAAUGCUUCGUGAAAUCAUUCUCACUUAAAUAUGAGCAGCUGACCUUCACAGAGCCCAGUUGAAAUUUCACUUUAACAAUUACAUGUGUUGCAGAUUUUUGUUAAAAAAAAUCAUGGAUUGCAAUUUUGUUUCAUAUAAUUAACUACCUAGUAAUGCCAGACAGUACAUUCAUGUUAGUUUUUUUCAAAGCUUGUCAGAACUAAUUUGAAAACUAGUAUCUGACACUGAAUAACUUCCACAUUUACAUAAGCUAAUUUUAUCUAUUGUUGAGGGCGAUUAGCAAAAGUGAUGGCAUUGUCGCUUGAUAGUACACCACUUAUCAGCUUGCAGAAGUAGUGGGUGGAUGGAUUAACUGUUUGUCAAGAAAUAGUUCUAACAUGUAACUCCCUCUUAAACCACUAUUGUCACUUUCACAUUUUUAUUUGUGUAUAAAUUAAACAAAGGUGAUUCAACAUGUGAAUUUAUGAGCUUGAGAGGUGUUGGUAGGUGUAGUUUGGAAUUUUCUGGAAAGCAUACACUCUUAAUGCUAAGCUAGGCUAACCAACUGAGUCCAGCUCCAUACUUGACAAACAGACAUGAGAUUGCAAUCCAUCUGAACAUCUCACAAGAAAGCAAGUGAGUGUAUUACCCAACAUGUUGAAGUUGUUUCUUGUUGGGGUUUGAGUUGCAGCAGUAGCUACAGUUAGCCAUGUGUAUUUGAAAAACAUAGAUGAGGCAGUUUUCUUCCCCUCACUUUACAUGACCCGUGCAACUAUGUUGUUUUAAUCAUUAAACAUUCUCCCACAAAGCAGUUAAUGUCCCCAUGGUCCAAUGAACCUGGGCUGAGAUUUCGUCUGCUCACAGAAGGGAAAACAAGUUCAGUAAGAAUGAGAUCUUUUCUGAAAAGGUCAAAGUACUAUGCAAGUUACUUAUUUGGCAAAGGUGGGAAACUAGAGCAAAUUGACUCUGACUGGUAAAAUGGCUUCAGGGAAGUUGUGUUUAGUCUGCCUGUAAAUACUCUGCUCCACUGUUCAAACAAAGACAAACUGUGUAUGCCUCAGAAAACACUUAGUAAUUUAAGUCGGUUAUUUGUAAUGAGAAUGUUGAGUAGCAUUUCCUUAAAUGUUGGUCCUGUACAAAUUUAAAUAGCCUCAUAUAAUGGGGAGGAAUAUUUUAAAAGAAACUAAGAAUGUUCCCUAAUUGUUUGUCAGGUUUCAGAGUUUUAAAGACAAAGAAAUAAAAUCCUGUUUUUUGUA